AUGUCGAAAAAACGCGCCAUUCAAACGGUCGAAUGGGAAGUUGAAGUAAUCCUUCGCGCGAAGCGUAACGAAGAUGCUUUCGAUCCUCAUUUCUUGGACCCAGAGUCAACGCUCUUUGGUCAUGGUUGGAUAUACCUGAUCAAGUGGAAAGGAUUCCCCGAGGCAGACAACACAUGGGAGCCUAGAGGCAAUCUGGACUGCGAAGCACUCUUACUUGCGUUCUGGGAAGCCAUUGGACUGAGGGCGACGGAAGAAAAGUCAGCAGGAUUUGAAGUCAUUCCAUCAGACCAGUGGAUUUUGGAUUUUAGAGCCCUCUCGCACUCUCAACCUGAUUCAUCUCAACCUAUCAAAUCCAAGCGACAACGCAGAGCGACACCUUCUGCGGCGCGCAAGGCAAAGCCAUCUACUCGUCCGUCCAAGCCGUCUUCGAUAAGCCAUAGGACCGUCAACGACAAUCAUCGGCCUGAGCCCUCUGAUGGCGGCGCUUCGCGUCUCAAUUUGGAUCAUCUCGAGCCCACCACAAAAUCACCCAGAUCAUCUCCCUCACUCUCUCCAACAAUAUAUCCGCGAUUACGCCUAGAUCCACAACAUAACUUUGAUGCCCCAGCUCUUGCAUUCGAUUUACUUGACCCGUGCGACGACCCGAUACCCACCUUCUCCCCCGACAACGACGAUACCUUCUCACCCCGACUAGACGACAGUCUCUGGCAGCCAGACUGGUCUCCAACCUACGAUGAUAUGCGGCUAAAUCCUGCACCAAAUGCUCGUCCGUCUCCGUUACGGGGCGGCCUGAGCUUCUACGACUUAGCAUUUGCACGAGAGACGGACUUUUCACUCAAUUUCGCGACAGGAAACUUCUGA